UUCUUCUUCAACGAACCAUGUUCAAUUUAAAUCCACACACGCCACUCAUAAUCUUCCGACCCAAAUCUUGUACCCGACUCCGACUUCGAAUCCAUGGCACUAUCCACCGCCAAUUCAUUCUCUCCUUCUCUUUCAACUAAACUCACCUCCAAAUUCUCCGACUCCUUGGUCCGGUUUCAGAGCCCCAACUCGGUCUCUCUUCGAUCCUCUCAAUUCGUCUCCUCGAGUUCUAUUGAGUUGAAUCGGAGCGGUUCUUCCGUUUUGAGUGCGACUCGAGUGGCGUCCAAGAUAUGUGCGACUGCGGCUCCGGUGAUGGAUCAAUCGGUUGGUGAAGCGAGUCCCAAAGCUCCUACAACUGUUGACGUGGAUUUGGGUGACCGGAGCUACCCGAUUUAUAUUGGGUCCGGUAUUCUUGAUCAGCCGAACCUGCUACAAAGGCACAUUCAUGGGAAGAGAGUUCUCGUGGUGACUAACAGCACAGUUGCACCAAUUUACCUGGAUAAAGUUACUGAUGCUUUGACAAGAGGGAACCCAAAUGUUUCAGUUGAGAGUGUGAUUUUACCAGAUGGUGAGAACUACAAGGACAUGGACACUCUCAUGAAAGUCUUUGACAAAGCCAUUGAAUCACGAUUGGAUCGGCGAUCUACAUUUGUUGCCCUUGGUGGUGGUGUGAUUGGUGACAUGUGUGGUUAUGCUGCUGCUUCUUUUCUUCGUGGUGUUAAUUUCAUUCAAAUUCCUACUACUGUUAUGGCACAGGUGGAUUCUUCUGUUGGAGGAAAAACUGGCAUAAACCACCGCCUUGGGAAGAAUUUGAUUGGUGCUUUCUACCAACCUCAAUGUGUGCUUAUAGAUACAGACACAUUAAACACACUGCCAGACAGGGAACUGGCAUCAGGUUUUGCAGAGGUUAUAAAGUAUGGGCUUAUCAGGGAUGCUGAAUUUUUUGAGUGGCAGGAGAAAAAUAUGGACAAAUUAAUGGCAAGGGAUCCAAGCGCAUUGGCUUAUGCUAUAAAGAGAUCAUGUGAAAAUAAGGCAGAAGUUGUUUCCUUGGAUGAGAAAGAAGGUGGAGUACGGGCAACUUUAAACCUAGGCCACACAUUUGGUCAUGCCAUUGAGACAGGAGUUGGUUACGGGCAGUGGCUUCAUGGAGAAGCUGUUGCAGCUGGCAUGGUCAUGGCAGUUGACAUGUCUUACCGGCUUGGCUGGAUUGAUGAUUCAAUUGUGAAACGAGUGCUAAACAUUUUGAAACAGGCUAAGCUACCUACUGCACCUCCAGAAACCAUGACUGUAGAAACAUUCAAGUCUGUCAUGGCGGUUGAUAAAAAGGUAGCUGAUGGGCUACUAAGGCUUAUCCUUCUGAAAGGUCCUCUAGGCAACUGUGUCUUUACAGGUGAUUAUGAUAGAAAGGCCCUGGAUGAUACACUCCAUGCAUUUUGCAAGUCGUGAUUUGUGAGCUAUGCGAGUUUAUGGUCCCAAUUACUCCCAGAACAAGGACCAUUCUGUUGUGCAUUUUGAUUGCCAUGCCACUAUUCUUUCCUGUACUUGGAUGACUUCUCACCUGUUCAUCCUAAUUCCAUCACUAAGACGCAAUUGAUAAACAUGUUUUCAUUUCUUUUGUUCUUUAUCUCCCUCUUCUUGUGCCUAUUUUGUGUUGCUGUUUAGACAGUUGUACCAUGGCUUUAGUAUUAGUGAUGUUUUUUCCCCCACUUUUUGAUGGUGUGUAUGAACGUUUUGCAAGAUUUAUUAAUAAAUUUUUAGUUGGAGAA